AUGGCCUCGGGAGAUCAGGUUGCUUGUAUGAGUACGCCAAGUUGUAUCUCACAGAGGCCACUUGCUGAGAGUCAGAUUUGCCUUGAGCCAAUUGUUCAAAGCGUUGCAAUCUUUGUCCACGAUUUGAAAAGAUCGACGGAUGAGGAUAGCCGUUUGGCCGCACGAAGUUUGCUUGGGCUCAAGGCUGGCCAGCCGGUCAUGGAAAACUCGGACAACUUAGUCGUCGAAUGGUCUCUUGAGUACCACCGCGACGCCACUCAGAAGAUGUGCGAGGCCUACAGAGCGGAAGGCGCCGCCGGUCUCCAGCGCCGAGCUAAAAUCGGCCCCUUGGGCGGAGGACUCGAUUUAGAGGUUGUACCACCCGCCAACCCCAGCCCCAACCCCGGAGAUAUCACGCCCUCUAAGACCGGCCUCUUGCCCGGAGAAAUCGGCCCCGAGAUAAUCGGACCCGACGGCUCCAGUACCGGCCUCUUACCCAAAGGAAUCAUUCCCGAGGUUCAAGAACCCGACAGCUCUACGACCAGCCUCUCGCCCAUACCUUCUACCACUAACGUCCCGAGAGCUCUCCAAACCAACAAGCCCGGAGCAGUCUGCCCUGAUUGCACUGUAUCAUCCAACCCGCUAUUAGAGGAUUCCCGGCUAACAUCUGAAACAGUUCUGCGACUAGCUUUCAGGGGCUUUCCCAUCCGUCUUUCUUCUGGAUACAAGAAAAAGGAUACUGGAUCUGACGUUCGGCGUGUCGAGGUUCCCUCCGUCGUUGCAGGCUGUACAUGGAAAUCUUUCUUUCUCCGGGAGUACGCGGCGGAGGCAAGAAUUCCGUUGAUUCUACUCCGUGCCAUCGUGUAUAUUCCUUCUCACACCUUCUUCCACUCUACAUGCACAAAAGACCGUAGGAAAGUAAAAAGACGGGGAAAAAUGUAUUCGGCAAGUCCAUCUAAUCCUAUCAUAAUCGACACAGAAGAUGAAGCAGGAAGCGACGAGAAAGCAGCAGCUCGCAGUAGCGUUGCUACCGAUCACGGCGCGAGGGACGUUAUUACAGGCUACGAGAAUUAUUUGAUCUUGGCGAGGAAUAAGGAAACCGGACUCGUGCCCAAGCCUGUGAGAGGUAUGCGUGUGUCACGACCAACCGCGACUUAA